UGCCGUUCUUCUCGCUUUGAAAUGAAAAAAGGUACUGAGGCAAGCGCUGGCGAAGACAAAACUGCUAUAGCGUUGAAAUUCGAACAGUUGGCCAAAGAUGAUCUUAGGCAGGAUACUGUGCACGACUUCGUGUCCUACACAACGGAUGGCAAUUGCAUUACGCUUAUUGGCUCCAAAACGGAGCUGCUCACCAUGGAGCUAACGAGCAAGUCGUCAUAUCAAGUGCCCUUCCCCUACAUUCUGGCCAGCGCGAAGUGCUCGAACAAAAAGCGGCCACUGGACCAUCUGUCGCUGAAAGUGAAUCUCCAGAAUAUCUACGAGAGCAGCAAUGUGCUGGAGAUGCAGCAGCUGAGCUUGGAGCCGGCUUACACGGCCGUCUGUUCGGAGGAAGUGCCAGUGCCAAAGAUUAUGGCCGCCAGAUUAGCACCGCAGCGUCUGCCUGGCGGCCAAAUGCUGUUGGCCACGCUGAACAGCUACGGAGCCGUGGACUUGUUAACUAAGAGCGUGGAGCAGACGACCUGGGAUCACUAUGGAGAAGGUCUUAGUGUGGCCACUACACUCAGGGAUACGUUGCAGCCUCCGUAUGAAGUGCCAGCAUCAAAGAUCGAAACAUUUCGCCAAUUUCAGGCAUUUAUUGAUCGCAGCUGGAUAACAAUGUUCGCUUGGCGUCCAGUCGAUGGCAAAUAUGCGCUCGUCCUGGGCACAGCUGCCGGCAGCAUUUGGACUCUGACCUUAAGCCCCGACGCCCACACUGUGCUUGCUCAUUGCCAGCUGCAGACGCUUUUAGAUCGCAUAUGUUACAUGCACAGCUCUAAGGAUCUGCUCCUGGUUGGCGACAACAGUGGACUCGUGCAUCUGUACAGGUUUGAUGACGCCGAAGAGGAGGGCCUCUGUCUGGUGAAAACGCUCUGGCUCCGACCCGAUCACAUGGGUUUGCAACAGGCAUUGAUUACGCAUUGUCCGCAACGCGGCUGCUACUACAUUGUCUGCUGCAAGGCAGCGCAUCUGCUGAUUUGGUGCAUGCCACGGAAGGAGAAUGGUGAAUGGCUUGAGACACGUCUCCAUGCAGGUGGUAUGAAGAUCACUGCACUUUGCAGUCUGGAGAAUGGGAAUUAUGCUCUGGCAACUGCGCGUGGAGACUUAUAUCGAAUUGAGCUCACCCAUAAAUCCGGUCAGCUGAGUGCUAGCAUGCAGCCGAUUGAGUUGAAGGAUUCAGAGAACUUCCAACCAGUUGGCCUGUUUAGCAGUCCGCACAACAAUCUACUGACUGUGCUCUCAACGCGCAACAAGGAGUAUGUACUCAAUACGACUCUGCUGCGUUAUCAACUACAGGUGCGCGUGGGCAGGCUGCAAAGAGUGGAUGCCAUUGCUAAGCUUGCCGGAUGUCUGUUGCCCAACGAGGCCAUCAACAGCUGCAGCGAUAUAUUGGUCGAAAUGCGAUUGGACAUAUUUAACGGUAUCAAACUAGAGGAGUACGCGAAUUAUGCGCCAUUCGAUUUGUUUGCCUUCGAUGAGUUGGCCUCGGAAUCGCAGCAUCAGCAUCUCCAACUCAAAUACCAUGUUCUUGAUGGAAUUAUUCAGGCACAGCGAGUUCAACUUAACGACCAACCGCUGGAACAAUCCAAGCGCGAAAUGCAGCUGCUCCUGGCCAUGUUAACUAUGACUCACAUACGACUGCGUUUGCAAUACUUGAGCAGCUUGGAUGAACUAACGGCAUUUCAGCGGCAAGCAGCGCAGUCUAUGCUGGCGCAAAGUACUCGCAUCAAGCAGCAACUGGAGCAGCAGCUGCUAAAGGAUCAGCCACUCAACGUGACCAUUAAACGUUUUCUAGCCCAGAUGGAGGUGCACUUUGAAGAGCUGCAGCUUAAAUUGAAUGUGCCCAAGAUUACCGUUGAGGAAACUGAGCAGCUAUGCAACGUUUCCUAUGUGCCGCUAAAGCCAUCGCUGGAGCGACACUAUUGCUCACUAUGCGGUCGCCAGGCGCUGCUGGAGCAUCAGCUGCUAAUGGAGCUUUAUGCCCCGAAUAGCCAGCUGCUCUGCCCCUGCUGUCAUGGAGGAUACAACUUGGAGCUGUGGGAUGCAUAGACAUGAACAGUGAUGCUCUAAA